AUGCUGAUGAGAUCAAUCUAUUGUCUUAUCGAAGUAUAUAUAAGUGCAGUGAAAACGGUAAAAUUCAGUGUUCAUGCAAUACUAAAUCACUUCUUAAUUCAAAUUUAUAACAUGUUUUCAAUUGUUGAAAGUAAACGCAAAAAACCAAUUUUAUUAUUCGAUACAUUCCGUUACACGCAAGAUAAAAUUGUUGGUACAACUAUUUACUGGAAAUGCGAAGGUCGUUCAUGUCCCGGACGCGCUGUACAAUAUGGAUCAGCUGCACCAAAUUUGAAAAAAUCACAUAAUCACAAUGGAGAUGAAAAUAAAUGUAAAGCCGAAGAAUUCAAAAUGGCCGUAAAACGACGUAUUGAACAUUCACCACAACCAGUUAAAAGAAUUUACAAACAAGAAUUGACAUCAUUAUAUACAACGUCACCGCAAAUUGCACCAUCAAUACCAAUGUUUCAUGAAAUUAAAAAUUCAUUAUAUAAAACUCGAAAUGAUAGUUAUCCACCUCAGAGAAAAACAUUACAUAGUGAUCCAUUUGUUCUCGACGAUUCAAUAUUUCCUGUAUUUGGCACUACAGAUUCUGUUAAACAAUUAUCAACAUCCUUUAAUGAUCAUUGGUUUAUGGAUGGAACAUUUAAGAGUUGUCUACAUCCGUUUUAUCAAUUAUAUACAAUCCAUUCAGUUAAUAAUGAUUUAUCAACACCAAAAUUAUACACAUUAUUACCAGAUAAAAAUGGUUCAACAUAUACAUCUUUAUUGCAUACGGUAUUGAAUUUAUUUCAUUCGAACAAUAUUUUCAUUAAUCCAAAGUACAUAACCAUCGAUUUCGAAUUCGCUGCGAUCAAUGCUAUUAAAUUAGUUUUUCCAAAUGCAAUCAAAGGAUGCAAUUUUCAUUUUAACAAAUGUAUUUAUAAAAAACUGCAAGAACUUGGAUUUCAAUCGUCAUCCAUCAAUUCAACAUCAAAUGAUCCAAAUGGAAUGAACAUAAGAGAACUUUAUAAGAAAACGUGCGCACUUGCAUUCAUGCCACAAGAAGAAGUUGGAAAUUUAUGGGUCAAUGUCAUGGAUGAAUUUCAAAAUAUUGAACGUAUAAAUCAAUUUUAUGAUUAUGUCACAAGUACAUAG